UGAGUAAAGGUGUUUAGUUCGUACGUAAACAAUUAAAAGAAUAUACUAAAAAUGUUAUUUCUUAAAACGUUCUCAAUUUUCAUUUUUUGUAUAAGUUUAGCUGCUUGUGAAAAGUUUCGUUUUGAUAAUUAUUCGUUAUUUAAAAUACUACCUGAAAAUGAUCAACAAUACAAAGUUCUUCAAGACGUGCAAAGAGAUGAUUCUAGGUUUGAUUUUUGGACUGAUCCUCUACCAUUGAGAGAAUUUGUAAAUGUCAUGACCAGUCCUGGUGAUAAAGCUGAUUUAGAAGAAAUUUUACAAAAACAUGGAAUAAAAUACGAAAUCGUAAUGAAAAAUAUUCAAGAGGCUAUUGAUGAUGAAACUGUCAGUACAUUUUCACGUAGCAGCGUAAGAAAUAUGGAAUGGAAUGUUUACUAUAACCUAAGUCAGAUCAAUGGUUGGUUAGAUAAUUUGGUAUCUACUUACCCUAAUAUCGUUAGCAAAAUAGUUGGAGGCGUAUCAUAUGAAGGCAGAAAAAUCGAAGGUAUUAAAAUAUCUCAUGGUUCUGGUAGAAGAGCUAUUUUCAUUGAAAGUGGUAUUCAUGCAAGAGAAUGGAUUUCUCCAGCAACCACAUGCUAUAUAAUAAACGAGCUCCUUACUAGUAAUUAUACAGAAACGGUAGCAGCUGCACGUGAUUACGAUUGGUAUAUAUUCCCUGUAACCAACCCUGAUGGCUACGUUUUUUCCCAUGAACAGUUUCGCAUGUGGCGUAAGAACAGACAACCGUAUGGCUCCAAUUUUGGAGUAGACUUAAACAGAAAUUGGAAUAAUAACUGGUUAGUGUCAGGUUCGAGUACAAACCCAGCAUUAGAUACAUAUGCUGGACCAGGACCUUUUUCUGAACCAGAAACCAGAUCAUUGUCAACUUACAUUGCAUCUAUAGCAGAUCAAAUUGACUUAUAUAUAGCAACCCAUUCUUUUGGCCAUCUUUUAUUAUUACCUUUUGGAAAUUCGACACAACCCUAUGGAAAUUACCACGAUGCUAUGAAUAUUGGAAGACGUGCUAUGGGUGCCCUUUCUGUUAGACAUGGAACUAUAUACAGAACAGGAAAUAUAGCUGAAGCCAUUUAUAUGGCGACAGGAGGAAGUGUUGAUUGGGUUAAAGAGCAACUCAGGGUUCCUCUUGUAUAUGUAUAUGAGUUUCGUGAUGAUGGCACUCACGGUUUCCUACUACCCCCCGAUCAAAUAAUACCAAACAGCGAAGAAGUUAUGGACUCCUUACUAGAAUUAAUCCACCAGGCCAAGAGAUUUGGAUACCUAAAUAGCAGUAAUAGGCUUAUUUCCUCUACAUACAUCUGUCUCUCGGCUUUCAUUGUAACAUUGUUACGAUACUAUUAAAGUGUUUUAAAACAGGUUAUUUAAUAUUGAAAUAAUAAUUUAGACAUUAUAAGCUAAGCAAUAAAGUAAAUGAUUUAUUGUAAA